UACAGGCAGCAGCCGAACAACACCAGCCACACGUCGUUGUUCUGAAGACGUUGGACCGGAAGUGUUGUGAACAACAACACAAAAACACAGCCGGCGGCAGAAUGGCGAUACUCAGCCGUACAACAGUAUGUUUUGCCUUUAGAAAAAUCCUCUUCUUAUUGUUUUGCGUUUCCCUUUCGUGUCUACCGUUUUAUUCUUCAGCCAAGAAAAACGACAGACCUAUUAUUGGCGUACUGACUCAAGAAGUCUAUUCACCUAAACCGCAUCAAACAUCUUAUAUAGCUGCCUCAUAUGUCAAGUACCUGGAGUCAGCAGGAGCGAGGGUUGUCCCUGUUCUGAUUAACCAGACACUGGAGGAAUAUAAGACACUCUUCAACUCCAUUAAUGGAAUCCUUUACCCUGGCGGAGGUGUCAGUAUUAUCUCAUCUGGUUAUGCAAGGGCUGCAAAGAUCUUUUAUGAUCUUGCUAUUGAGGCAAACCAGAAAGGUGACUAUUUUCCUGUGUGGGGCACCUGUCUUGGAUUUGAACAGCUGACCUAUUUGACGAGUGGAAAGACGCUACUCACACGUACCAAUACCACCAGUGUUGCAUUGCCUCUGAACUUCACUAAUGAAACCAAAGAAAGCAGGCUGUUUAAAGGCUUCCCAGCUGAACUUAUGGAAGCUCUGGCUUCUGAGCCGCUGACAGAAAACUCUCAUAAGUGGAGUAUGGCAGUGGAGACUUUUAACACAAAUGAGGAACUGAAGAUGUUUUACAAAGUUCUCUCCACAAAUACAGAUGGAAAAAUAGAGUUUGUGUCAACAGUGGAAGCGUAUGAUUAUCCGAUUUACGGGACACAGUGGCAUCCAGAGAAAAAUGCAUUUGAAUGGACAAGGCCUUAUAUUCCACACUCCCCAUCAGCAAUCAAAACCACUUUCUAUAUGGCUGAAUUCUUUGUCAGUGAAGCCAGAAAGAACUUUCACAGAUUUGAAACAGAGGAGGGAGAGGGCAAAGCGCUGAUAUACAACUACAGCCCUGUUUACACCGGGAUCAAGAGUGCCUUUGAGCAAAUGUAUUUUUUCUGAAGCCUGUUUGUACAGUGCUCUUCCUUUUCAACUGCUGAUUGGCUGUUUCAGUCACGUGACUUACGAAUGUUUGCAGAUUAUUUGACUCGUUUGAUUUUGCAUUUUGCUGCUCUCUCCAUCUGUUGAAAAUGCAUUCGGACAAGAAGUAAACUGGAAAUAGAAUAGAUUGUAACAUUCAGCACACAUUUUAAUGCAGUGCAGGAUUUAAAAAAAAAAAAAAAAAGAUCAUGCUUUAUGGAUGCUGUAGCUUGGUUUAGAUGAUACAUUUAAUGCCAUUGCAGACACUGCAGAUAGUGAUAUUUUAUGGCAUUUCGCCUGGUUUUAUAUGGAUAUUUAUUGUCUGCAUUUUGAUUAAAUGUACAAUAAUCAACAUUAAUUUGCAGAAUUUCUUAAAUCUAUGCAAAUCAAUAUUUUUUUUUAUCAACAAUGGAUCAAAUUACUGUGUGUAAUGUAAGUGGUUGCUCGUUGUGAUGAACCCACAGAGAAGAAGAAGUUCCCCUCAGUUGCAUGGAGCAUUUUGUAAUUUUUUAGCUCAUUGUUUGGUUUUAUGUGAAUGUAUUUCAGUGAAAAAGCUCUGAUAAUCCAACUACCCGCUCAGCACCGAACCUCAAACAGUCGGCACCUAGCUUGUGAACAUAGAGAAGCAUUUAGCAGCUCAGACUAGAGCCAGAACAUCAAAAAAAAAAAAGAGAGUUGGACUUCACUAGAAACGUUCCAAAGACUCCUAACGAACACUGAUGUUUAUCUGUAUGUGCUAUAGGGAAUGGUUUGCUAGUGUUUAAUAUGUUUCUACUGUGAUAAUACUGUAAGUCUGUAUGCUUGCCAAAAAAAAAAAUCCCAUCAAUACAGCUUUAAAAUGUAUGAGAGCAAUAAAACAAAUGACCAAAAACA